CCGCCCACGGCGGCGGCUGGUCUAUAUAAGGACGUCAUUUCCGCCCGUCAUCCCUUUCCUCGCUGCCCAGUAGUGGGUUCCAUACGGCGUUGUUCUCGGUUUCCGUCGUAACUUUAAAGGGAAACUUUCACAAUGUCCGGAGCCCUAGAUGUCUUGCAGAUGAAGGAGGAGGAUGUCCUCAAAUUCCUUGCUGCAGGGACCCAUUUGGGUGGCACCAAUUUGGACUUCCAGAUGGAACAGUAUAUCUACAAAAGAAAGAGUGAUGGCAUCUACAUCAUCAAUUUGAAGAGAACUUGGGAAAAGCUUCUGCUGGCAGCUCGUGCCAUUGUCGCCAUUGAAAAUCCAGCUGAUGUUAGUGUCAUCUCAUCCAGGAACACUGGUCAGCGAGCUGUUCUGAAAUUUGCUGCUGCCACUGGCGCCACGCCUAUUGCUGGACGUUUCACACCGGGCACCUUCACUAACCAGAUCCAGGCAGCUUUCAGGGAGCCUCGCCUCUUGGUGGUCACUGAUCCUCGGGCGGAUCACCAGCCUCUUACCGAAGCAUCGUAUGUUAACCUUCCAACCAUUGCAUUGUGCAACACAGACUCCCCGCUUCGCUAUGUGGACAUCGCCAUUCCAUGUAACAACAAGGGAGCUCACUCAGUGGGUCUGAUGUGGUGGAUGCUGGCCCGUGAAGUUCUGCGUAUGCGUGGCACCAUCUCCCGUGAACACCCAUGGGAGGUCAUGCCCGAUCUUUACUUCUACAGGGAUCCAGAGGAGAUUGAGAAGGAAGAGCAGGCCGCAGCUGAGAAGGCAGUGACAAAGGAGGAGUUUCAGGGUGAAUGGACUGCACCUGCCCCAGAAUUCACUGCUACUCAGCCGGAGGUGGCUGACUGGUCUGAGGGAGUACAGGUGCCAUCUGUGCCCAUUCAGCAGUUCCCUACCGAAGAUUGGAGCGCUCAGCCGGCUACGGAGGACUGGUCUGCGGCGCCUACUGCUCAGGCCACCGAGUGGGUAGGAACUACCACAGAGUGGUCUUAAGUUUUACCCCACCUGCUCUAAUAGUGUUGGAAAAAUGCUGAUGGAAAAUAAACAUUGGUUUCUUACA